AUGAAUGAAAUUAACAGUUAUGAAGAUGUUCAACAAUAUAUUCACCAAAUAAAACAACAAGAAUGUUGUAACAAACAAGAAUCUCAAGAAAAAAUUGAAGCUAAAGAGGAAGAAAUGGAAAUAGAUAAAAGUAACACUGAAAAUGAAAAAAUUUUACAAGAAAUGCAAGAGAUUAAAGAGAAUAAAAGAAGUGUUAAAGAACUUUGUGAAUUAUUGAAAAAAAGUGAAAUGAAAAAGAUUACAGAAGAAUGGAGUAAUGAAGGGAUAAGAUUACAUGAAAUGUUAAAAGAGGCUAUUAAAGAAGAAAUGAAAACUGCUUUAAUUUGGUGGAACAAUCAUUCAGAUGAAGAAAGAAGAGCAGUACUUAUGCUUUCUGUUCAUGCACUAUUAGAUGAUGGAAUGGAAACAGGAGAAUCAUUGUUACUUGCAGACGUAUUUCCAGAUAUAAAUUAUUUGUCAGAACAUCCCCAAACAGUAAUGAAAUUUAUAAGUAAUAUUUAUAAAAAUCCAAGAUAUUGUAAUAGUGAAAUAUUUAAUUUUGAAGAAUUAAAAGAGGUAUUUGAAAAAGAAGUUGAUAGUGUAAGGGCAUUAUCAUGCAUUACAACGAUGCUUGAUGCAAGGGUAUGUAUUGCAUGUAAAUUGUGCAUCAACAUAUUAAUAAUUACUAAUCAGAUUGAUUAUUAG